UUUUUCUUUCGUGUUGCGGGAGGUGUUAAGUGGGAAGAGAUGGACGGUCGGGGAAGGUUUACGGAGUAGCGAGUGCGAGAAUAAGAGGUCGUGUUUGGGGUUCGCAGGAAUGCUUGAGCGUGUUGAACAGGGUUGCGAUGAGCGAUGACGAGUGGUGAGGAUGACUUUUGGUUCUAGUUUGACUCGAGGAGAGAAAAUUUAAAGAUGGUGUGCACCAUGACGGUAAAGGAAUAAAGACGAUCAUGGUUGAGUAGGUUAAUGAGGGUUACAUUUUGGAGCUGAUCAUCAUUACAUAUGCACUGUAUGUAUUUAUUAUUGAAUGCAUGAUGGGGGCGAAGAAUGAUACUAAUGAUACUAUAUUUUGACCUCAAAAUAGAAUUCUCCUGCUUGUUUUCUUCCGUCGAUUCUUGCAUACAACAACACGAACUCCAAGGAAGUUUUGCUCUAUGCGAAGCAAAUGAAGGGGCUUGAGCGAGAAGAUCUAGAAAUUCUAUACCAGCAAUAAUUCAUUCCCCAUUUUCAAUCACCCUAUUAACCUCAUGAACUGAAUAUCUUCAAUAAUUCUAUUACUAACAUUUUCAUCAAUUCCUCGAACUACGAUAAAAUUUGUAAGUAAGAAUGUAAGUUGUUGUGAUGGUUUGGAUUGUAGAAAUAUUCAUUCUUUGUUUCGGAAUGUCUCAGAUACAUCCCUCCGACCGUGACGGCACCUGCUGCAGAUUGAUUGAACCCCGCUAUUUUCGGACGACGACGACGACGACAACGACAACUAUCAACGACAUUAUCAAUUCAAUCAAUCUACUUUUUGUUGUCAUUUUCUCACAAAUUAGCAGCUAAUCUAUCGUCUCAUUCUCAAUAUGAUGGAAUCAGCUUCGCAGAAUCAUGAAAGAGCCAUAGUGAUAGCAGAUACAUCGCGAUACGUGAUAAAAAGCGAUAACGAUAUCGGGAAGCUCAGCUUAUCGCAGUUUCCAGAUGAAUUGAUUUUGGAAAUUCUAUCAUAUCUAGAUGUAGAUGAUCUGCUAAAUGCUUCACGAGUAAGUGAAUUCACUAUUCUAUUUUAUUCACGUACUCUGCUUUAUUAAUCAGAGUUCAUUCCAUACUCAGAUAAGCAACAAUUAACAUAUUACCUAACCUACAGCUAUCUCACCAUCUCCGAACACUCUCCCUCGAUCCUCUUCUCCACGCUCACCGUCUUCAUGAUGCAUCGCAUACCCUCUCCCGCCGUCUCUCACAUCGAGCUCCUCUCACGGACCUCAUGAGCCAACGUAUAUACAUAACGCGUACCUCACUCGCAGCACGCAGUCUGGGUCGAAACUUCAUUAAAAUCAAAUUGAACAAACAGCUUGGUCAAAGACCCUCUAUUGAAACAUUGGUGGAAAAGAAUGUUUUGCCGAAAGAAUGCUAUGGGCAUAGAAAGUUAGCGCCAGGUUUAGUAGGUAUUAAGAGGAAAGUAGAGCGGGAGAGGGUGAAAGAUGGAUUGAGAGCUUGGGUGGAGGGGUGGAAGGGGAGGGUGGGUGAGAGGAGAGAGAGGUUGAGGGACGAGGGAGGGAAGGUCGAGGUUAGAUGGUUAGUUAGGAGGUUUGCUAGGAGGGACGGGAAUGAGAGUGGGGGAGAGGGACGUGGGGAGGAAGGUUGAGAGAGCGGAAGGUUUUGGGUUUGAGGAGGUUUUUGGGAAGGAGGGGAAGGAGUUAGGAAUUUAGGGUUUGAUUUACUGGUAUGGUGUCUAUAUCUUCUGUAGUGGGCGCUUUUAUAUACAUUAUCUAGAAGGGUUUGGGAUAGCUUCUCUAGCACCUUAGUAUUUCCCAUUUGGUAGAUAUCAUCAUAUCUAAGAUGCAGCUUGGGAAUUGGUGUUCGCAUUUGUAUGAAAUGAAUAUCCGAAAUUUUAAUAGACGUUUUAUACUAUCUAGAUGAGAUAUUUCUCUCAGAGAAACAUAUACCUAGCUAUUACCUCCCAAGAUUUAAUCAUCUCGACAUUGAGGCCCAAGGCUCAUAAAUAAGUACUAACUAGGCUAAUCAGCGCUGAAUAAUGUCUGACUAAGCUCUCCCUAAAUUUAUUAUGCGAAAACCGGCAAGUUUUCUAAUUUUCUGGUCAUUAAUCAUGACUGACUUCAAAAAUCCCAUCCCCUCUAUUCUUCC